GAAAGAAUCGUUUGCCCUGUUUUAUAAUCGUAGGUACGAAUCAGUAGCUAAAUAUCGUCUGAACACGCUGGUCACGAGUUAAUUCGCAUUCGCACUUGCAUCAGAAUCAGCAAUUAACAAAUGGUGUUGGCAAAUUUAGCAAUUAACGAAGCUUCUUCUGCUGCUGAAACUAGCGUUGUGAGCCAGCAACAAGAUAGAAUCGAAACCGGACAAGAUGACCGAGGCACCAAAAUUUCGAAAAUUCCAAAAUGCAACGUUGAGAAGUCUGGAUGGAAUGUUAGAAGAGAGAAAAAAAAAAAAAAGGUGUCUAUCGAUCGAAAGUGACGUCAUACCACAAUCGCACUGUGAAUCGUUUUAUUCGCAAAUUGUGAGGUACGUGGUCGUGUUACGUGGUCGUAGAAUUGCGAAACUGACCGGUGGGAUCACUGCCAUGGACAAGGUGGCGAAGAAACGCGAAGGAAGGCGUGACGAAACGAGAGGAGCCCGCGUCACGAAGCGAACAUCGCCGCGGAACGUUUCGCACUGCAGGCACUCUCUUAUCAUCGUCUGCCUCGUCGUGUACCUGACAACGUUUACAAGUAACAGGUAACACACGUCCGCGCAAGAACGAGCGCGACGACGAUCGUGUAGAGAACAAUGGAGAAAAUCUGGUUAUCGUUA